AUGCGGGGCCUUCUGUUAUACCUGCUCCUCGGCGCCGCGAGCGCGCGCCUUUCACCGCCGUCAGGACAGCUGCACCAGCCCACCGCUCUCAGCAAGGUGAGCAAGGGCGGCGCGACGAAGAAGCGGCCGGCCUCGGAGCAGCUGACGCCCAGCGAGACGGUGCUCGCGGGCGCCUGCGCGAGGCUGGUCGCGCAGACGAUUCUCCACCCGCUCGACGUCAUCCGGACGCGGUCGCAGACGAAGAACCCGAUCGAGGCGACGCUCCUCGAGGCCCUGCCCUUCGGCCUCGCGCCGCAGAUGCUGCUGAGCGUGCCGGCGGGCUCGAUCCAGUUCGCCAUGGUCAAGUACUGGCGGACGCAGAUCGAGGCGGCCUUCGGCGACCGGUGCACGAGCACGGCCGCGGGCCGCUUCUUCACGCAGUUGUUCGCCGCGGCGGGCGGCGCGGCGUGCGCGGGCUCGGUCCGCAUCCCGCAGGAGGUCGUGAAGCAGGGCUGCAUGGCCGAGAUGUACCCGAACGCGAUUGAUGCGGUGCGGACGAUCUCGGAGGAGAAGGGCGUCGCGGGCUUCUACAAGGGCGCCGUGGCCACGAUCUCGCGCGACGUCGCCUGGAACUCGCUCAGCUUCGCGCUCUUCCGCGUCUUCCUCGAGGCCUUCGCCGUGCAGUCGGCGCAGCUGAAUUAUGCGCUGGGCAUCGUCGCGGGCUGCCUCGCGGCCUGCGCGACGCAUCCGAUUGAUGUGAUCAAGACGCGCAUCAUGACGAGCUCCGGCGACGCGGCGAGCGUCGGCAUCGUCGAGGGCCUGCGCAAUCUGGUGGACGAGGAGGGCCCGGGCGUGCUCCUCUCGGGCCUCGUGCCCCGGCUGCUCUACCUCGGCCCCCUCGCGUCGCUGGUCCUGGCGACGAACGAGGUCAUCGCGUCGAUCCUCAUCGCCGGGCGGAAGUAG